UUGAUGUAUGAUCUCUGGAUUACAUUCGUUUUUGCGAGCUAAAUGACAACUUUUGUUUCGAUAGGCUCCCAUACACAGCAAACCCUGGUUUAUAAAGGGGGAGGAGAUUUAGCCUAAGAGUGAACUCGUGCAUCAAUAGCAGCCGCCCAGUGGCUGUGACCUAGAAACAGUUUGUGAACUUUUUGUGCAGAAACCUCAAAGUUGGAAAUUUUCAGCCAGGUACCAUGCACGCAGUGGCGGUGCUCCUGGCGCUAAUGGGAAUUUCUUCCUGCGUAGACGGCCAUGGGCGCCUGAUGGAUCCACCCGCGCGAAACAGCAUGUGGCGACUCGGCUUUAACAACCCAGUCAACUACAACGACAACGAACUGUACUGCGGUGGUCGCAUGGUACAAUGGAUAAGAAAUGGUGGAAAGUGUGGCGUCUGUGGUGAUGCCUUUCACGGAGUCCGAGAACAUGAAGCUGGUGGGAGAUAUGCUAAUGGAAUUAUUGCACGAACAUACCGCCAAGGUGAAAAUAUGUCUAUAACAGUUCAUCUAACAGCAAACCAUCAGGGAUGGUUUGAAAUACGCAUUUGUCCAGUCGAAGAUCCUAAGCAACCAGUUACGCAGGAAUGUCUGGAUAAACACGUGUUAAAGCGCACAGAUGGUGACAGUAUUCAGUACCCGGUACCUAAAGGGAAGUAUAAUGCUUUCUUUAACUACAGCGUUCAACUCCCACCAGAUCUGCACUGCGACCAGUGUGUAGUGCAGUGGAAAUACAGAACAGGAAAUACUUGGGACAAAGACAACAAUUCUGGUGUUUUUUGUCUGGGUUGCGGGCCACAAGAAGAAUUCUACAAUUGUGCCGACAUCAGGAUUCUUCCAAAUGAAUCUAAAGAUUAUUUAAAGGAAAUGACCACACAACCAACGGCAAAAACCCGUUCUGAAUAUACCGCAUUUGAGCCUACACCAACAUCUCCGGUUAAAAUGACUCAGAGAAUAAAAGACAAAAUAUCAUUCAGUGCCCAUUUCAAGAAGGGUUCGAAGGUAGAACAAUCAGACUUACAACCUCGGCCAUCUGGGGAAAUAUACAGCUGGCGAGCAGCGUCGCCUGUCCUUCGGCCCUUCAAACCCCCGCGAGAGUCGUUUGUUUCUACUCCGGGUACCUACCUGACCACGAGCACGGGACACACGGUAUCAACCUAUGGUAGACAAGAAACUGACCAACAUUUUAGACUUACAGAUGAAUCUACCACUUCAACACCAACUUGGCUUAAGAAAAUCGUCGAUGCCAAGCAACAAUAUAAGGAAAGUGAAAGGGUUAUCGGUGAAGAGGUGAAUCAUGAAGACCACAUCAGCGACCUCGAUAACGAAAGAGUCCGACCACAGCUUUGGCGGCAUCUGCGCAAACAUGCAGAAUCACGCGACCGCCAGGAUGUAAAGGCGAUAUCAGACUAUAGUGAUGAUAGUUCUGUGAAAACAAGGUACGAGAAUAAAAAUCCUUCGCAAAGUACGCGACCAUUGAAAAUGACACCAACGUGUCUCACAGUCAAGUCUGAAGAUGAAACAUCAGCAGACGAUGAACUACUGGAGAAUCAAAACUGGAUUUACCCAGAUGCCACUAGAUGGUGGCGUGAUUAUGUUCGUAUAUACGACUUAGUGUUGAGACCACGGUUGUCCAUGUCGUUCAUGGGAAACCUUCAAUGUCGCGCAGUGUUUCACCAUGGGUCUGGUAUGGAUGAGUGGUGUACAACAAACUGUAAUGCCAACUUCUGUCCGCAUGAUAUCUGCUUGUGUCGCCCAGUUGAGGAAUCAUAUAAUGAACUCUCAUCAGAACCAUUUGUUGAUCAGCGAAGUACUCAAUGGAUGAAGAGCGUUUACCCUCAAAGGAGCCAAAAAAAUACUCCACGAGCAGAGCUUUCCUUUUCGGGAGACAAAGAAUCCUUAAGAAAAUCACAAUCAGGUUCUCAGACGAGACAAACAUAUAAACACUUAUUGCAAAAUAAAAAACCUGAUCCUGUGGUGUUGUUAGAUAUGAAGAAACCUCACUCUGAACCUACUCAGAAAAAGUUGAGUGUUGACAGAUGGGAGCGAAAACUGAACACUGUAUGUCAUGCGAUUGGGAGAUAUGCCACUCUAGAUGGUUACGACGAUUGGUGUCAAAACAAUUGUGCUCGAGCAAUGUGUCCACUUUUCAUCUGCAAGUGCAAAUCAGAUUAAAUAAUAAAACAAUGUUAAUGAAUGUCAAAGCGAACUUCUUGUAGUGUACGUUAGGGUACUAAGGUACUUUGUCAGUUUAAAUUGAAAUGUUGAUACCAUUUUGUAACCAACUGCUUAUUUUGUAAUUUUAUACUUUGUAUAUUUCUUAGAGAUUAAAUGAUUAAAAAUUUUCUGAAAAUUUGGUAUAUACCGUUUGUGUAGUAGCUCUCUGUGUCCCACACAAAUACCUGUGGCUGUUCGAAUAGAACAAUCACCCCAAUUAAAGACAAAAUAAUAAAACAUAAAUCGCUUCAUUCGCUCCU